AUGGCUCAAGACCACACCAAAGCCGAAGGAGAUGGGUUGCCUCCAGGCACUUCGAGGCUCAUCGACGUAGAUGGCUCCGUUAUUGGACAGCACGCGUCAGGGUCGGGCGAGAACGAUAUCGUGCUCAUUCCUCGCCCUUCAGAAGACCCAGAAGAUCCUCUGAACUGGACUAGAAGGCGCAAAUUGCUGGCUACGUCAUGCGUUGUGCUGUACACCAUCAUGAUUGCCAUCCCAAGUAGUGCAGUCUACUCCGUCGUCACUCCCAUUCGAAAAGCGACUGGAUUAUCGCUGGCGGACAUCAACAAUGGAACGGGAAUCAUGUUUCUCUUCUACGGCUGGGGAUGCGUCAUCUGGCAACCUCUUGCUCUCCAAUAUGGCAAGCGACCUGCUUAUUUGGCUUCCCUUGCGGCGAAUAUUAUUAUCCUCGCUACUGCACCGAUGUGCACUACAAAGCAUACCUAUCUUGCGAGCCGUAUUCUGCUUGGCCUUUUCGGAGCACCCGUCGAAUCACUUUGCGAAAUCUCGAUUACCGAUAUUUGGUUCGCUCACCAACGCCCGAAGUACCUUGCGCUCUAUGGAUGGGGUCUCUCUAUGACAGGCAAGCUUGCUCCCAUGCUUUCUGGUUUCAUCAACGUCGGCAUGGGAUGGAAGUGGACUCUGUGGUGGUGCGCAAUUUUCAACGGAAUUGCUUUCGUAUACUGUUUCCUCUUCAUGGAAGAGACCAACUACGAUCGUCCCGCGAGACUGGAGGGCCAUGAAACACCCAUCAUCUCGGAGGCGCAACGAACAGAAUCUGCAACUGGUAGUGAGGAAGAGUCGAAGGUCGCGAACACAACCGAGAAGCAGGGAGCGCCGACCACCAGCCCCGUCGAUAGCGAGACUGGACAGGUCAUGUACCUACGCAAGACCUUUGUUCAGAAACUGGGUAUCAAGGACAAGCCGAGACCCAACCGAAUGCUGGAUAUUGCUCUUGGCGCCCUCCGAGGCUUCACAUAUCCUUCUGUCGUUUAUGCUGGAUUGAUGUACGGCGCCAACAACUUAGUAUGGUCUGGUGUUCAGAAUGCUACAACAGGCACCGUGUACACCACCAUGUACGGCUUCUCUACUGCCGGUGUGGCUGGCGCUUAUGCGGGUGGCGUUCUUGGUACCAUCAUUGGAGGCUACUAUUGCGGCAAGGUUGGAAAGAUCUUGACAAUUCGCCUCGCGCGUCGCAACAACGGAAUCUCCGAAUCAGAGCAUUCUUUGUGGCUCUUCGCGGCCUCAAUGUUUUUGGUGCCUUUCAGCAUGAUCCUCUACGGCCUUGGAGUUGCCUACCAUAUCCACUGGAUGGGGCUCAUUAUCUCUCAAUUCACGCUCGCUAUCAACAACGCUCUGGCGGUCGCCGGAUCUCUGGGUUAUGCUAUCGCAUCAUACCCGCAACUGAGCGGCGACAUGAUCACCACGUGCGUCAUCAUUCGUAACACGAUGAGCUUUGCCAUCAACUACGGCAUCACUCCCUGGCUCAACCACAUGGGCUAUCGCGACACUUUUAUAACCGUUGGCGCUAUCGGAUUUGUGUGGAAUGCUAGUAUUUUUGUUAUGACUAGAUAUGGCAGGAAGAUGAGAGAGAAGAGCGCAGAGAGAUACUGGAAGGAUGUGGCAAAGGCGCACGCGAAGGGUUUGAGUCAUUGA